UAUGCAUUUAUAAAUAAAAAAAAAUAUUUAAAAAAAUAUAUAAAGGGGACUUUUUGUUUUGAUUUCGUUGCCUUGGAAACGGAUGGAAAUGACAGGUGCAGUUGAUUAUAAAAAUUUUCUAGUUUAUUAUUUAAUAAAAUGAAGUUCAAAGUAUCACUUUGGGAUAAAAAUGGUCAUAAUAAAAUAGUAACAUGUGUUGGUUGGAAUUCACCAGAAGAUGUUUACUCAAUUGGAGAAGAUCAUUUACUUUUGUGUUGGCAUUUAGAUGGUAGUUUAAUUCAAACAAAUAAAAUUAUUCAAUUUUCUGAUGAUUUUAAUCCAACUGACAUGCAAUGGCAUCCACGUGCAAUACAAAAUACUGGAACAAGUAUUAAAAAACAAUCACAUGAUGUUUUAUUGAUAACAACUGCUGAUGGUAAAUUUUAUUUGGUAAAUAAAAAUGGGAGAAUUGAAAAAUCUGUUGAUGCUCACAAGGGUGCAACUUUGAGAGGAAAAUGGAGUCAUGAUGGCUCUUCACUGCUGACUGCUGGAGAAGAUGGAAUGAUUAAAAUAUGGUCAAGAAGUGGAAUGCUACGUUCGACAGUAGUUCGUGGUACUCAUGCCGUUUUAUCAGCAGCAUGGAGUCCAGAUUCAUCAGAAAUAAUUUAUUCCCAAGGAUCGCAAUUGGCAUUACAGCCACUUAAUUUUAAUUCAAAAUUACGAAAGUGGUAUGCACAUGAAGGAUUAAUUUUAACGGUAUCUUGGAAUCGUAACAAUAAUUUAAUUAUUUCUGGAGGUGAAGAUUGCCGAUAUAAAUUAUGGGACAGUAAUGGCAAUAUUUUAUUUACAAGUGCUAUGGGUGAAUAUCCAAUAACUUGCGUUGAAUGGUGUCCCAAUGGUAAUUAUUUUGCUGUUGGUUCUUACAAUACUAUUAAAUUAUGCGACAAAACUGGAUGGUCUCAUUCAUUAGAAAAAGUAAACACAGGAAGUAUAUACAGCAUUGGCUGGUCCAAUGACAGUACCCAAGUGGCAAUGGCUUGUGGAAAUUCAACCGUUUUAAUGGCUCACGUUAUUGACAGAAAAGUUGAAUGGGAUAAUUAUGAAGCGACAUUAAUUAAAAGGAAAACAAUCCAAGUAAGAGAAAUUAGUAAUAAUAGUGGAAUUGUUGAAAUGCUUGAAAUUUCUGAUCGAGUUGUUCACAUGGAAUUAGGAUUUAAUCAUUUGGUUGUUGUUACAACAAAUCAGUGUCAUAUUUAUUCAUCAACAAAUUGGAAUACACCGAUAAUAUUUGAUUUAAAAAAUUCAACAAUAUCUGCUAUUAUUUUAGCUGAAAAGCAUUUUUUGUUGAUUGAAUGGAAUGUUAUGACGUUGUACAGCUAUCAAGGACGAUUACUCAGUGUCCCAAAGUGGAAAGGAAUUACUCAAGAUGAGCGACUUUAUCCUCCGUGCAUUGCACUCUGCUCUGAUACUCUUGUUCUUCGUGAUCAAGUCAAUGAAAAAUUACUACAUAUAUUGGAAUUGUCAAGCAAUAAACCGGUAAAUGAAAUUCAACCGCAUUUACACACGUGUAAUAUUAAUGAAAUUGCAAUAAACCAAAUUGGAGGAAUUAAUUAUCGGCAGCUGGCGUUCAUUGACGUCACUAGAGAUUUAUAUUUAAUAACAAUACGUUCCAGUGGUAUUGGGCGUAUUUGUAAAAUAGCGGCAAUGGCACAAAGUAUUGCAUGGGCAAUCGAUGCUAAUAUUUUAGCUGCAAUGUUGGACGCAACUCUGUCAAUUUGGCUUUGUCCUAAUUGUAUUCAUUACAGUGAUCGUAAAAUAAUACGACGGACUCGUAUAGACAAAGAAAACAAUGAAUUUGGUAAACAGCCUAGUAUUAAAAAUGUUAAAAAUGGAAUGGUAACAAUAAGACGGAGUGACGGAGCAUUGAUUGCUGUGUCAUUUUAUACAUUCUUUACAACACUGCAUCAUCAUGUUAUGAAUAAUAAGUGGCAAGAUGGUUUAUCACUUUGCCGAAUAACACAAAAUGAUAUUCUUUGGACAUGUAUGGCGGUAAUGGCCACUGAAAAUAAACAACUUAGUGCCGCUGAAGAAGCGUACGCUGCAAUAGAACGUUAUGAUAAAGUUGAUUAUAUUCAGCAGAUACAAAAAAUAUCAAAUAAAACAGAAAAAUUAUCAGAAAUGUCAUUACUUUCUGGUGAUUUACUUGCAGCUGAGGGAAUUCUUCUUCAGCAUGGAUUUAUUGCUGAAGCUAUUCGUAUUAAUAUUCAAAUGUAUAAUUGGAACCGAGCACUCGAGUUGGCAGUUCGUCAUAAAAAACAAGUUGAUCAAGUUCUUGAAGCACGAGAAAUUUAUCUCAAGUUACUUGACAAAAAAGAAACAAAUUCAAGUUAUAUUUCUUUAAUUAAAAAUAAACGUAAAUCAAUGAAUAGUAUAAUCACAGAAACGGAGGUAGAGACUGAUGACAACAAUAAAUCUGAUGAUAAUUAAUAAAAUAUAAAUAUCCGCAAUAAUAAUGCAAGUCCCAUAAUAACAGUGGUUGAAAUAAGUAAAAUUAAUGUGUCACGUUCUUGCCAUGUGUCUGAAUCAAUGCUUGUACGGCAUCUAUUACUUAAUGCAAUCUAUAAUAUUUUAAUUUAAAUAAAUAAAUAAAUAUUUAUUAUUUUAAUUAGUAAAUAAAAAAAUUACCCAUCCUCCAUUAGCUUGAAUCCAAGACGCUAAAUCUUCUUCAAGGACAUUUGUCAUUGCUCGUUGAAUAGCUCCUAUAAAUUCGGGUUUCCCUUGACGUACACAAUCAACAGCAACACCACCAGCCACUGAAUACAAUGAUAUUAUUUUACUCCAUGUCAUUUCACCGGUUCUCAAUAAUUCACGGGAUACAUCAGUGAUAGCUUCCGCAGCAGAUUGUUCAUUUGAAAAUGAUCCAGCUCCUAUUUGCCGCGCAAUAUUUUUAUACAAUUUUGGAUACAUUUUUUCUAAUUCAGCUCCUAAAUUAUUUAAUACCGGACAUACUUCUGCUAUAAUUAGUAAUCCUUCAGAUGACAUCAUUCCUCCACUUCGCAUUCUUUUUAAUCCCAAUUUUUUUUGAAAUAUUCCCGAUCGUUUCAGCCGAUUUUUAAUAAAUUGACCGCAAAGUACUGAACCCUUUUAAAAAACAACAAUUUUUUUUAUAACAAACUAAUAAUUUAAAAAAAUAAAAAAAUAAA